AUGUCUGCCUGGCCUGAUUUUGUUCAUGGACCAUCCCAGCCCCCCUGUUGUGCACUCAGCUUUGCUUGCUCUUCGAUAAUUGGCAGAAUGUUGUGCACACAGAGACAAGAUGAAAGGAGAACUUGGUAUGAUGUUAAGCUUGCAAAACGUUAUACAAAAGACUACAGAAAUCUAUGUGAAAAGGCUUUAUUAAAAAUUAAAGGUGUUAUUAGCUUUACUUUUCAAAUGGCUGUUCAAAGAUGUGUGGUACAAAUUCGUUCAGAUUUGAAAGCAGAGGCUUUGGCAUCAGCUAUAGCAUCAAACAAGGUUAUGAAAGCUCAGCAAGAGGUGAAACGUGGAAGUGGGGAAGAGCUGCUGGUCCCAUUCCAAGAUACUCCUGUGGAAGUAGAAGAGAACACAGAGCUGCCCCAUUACCUGCCCAAGGAUGGGAGUCCCUCACAGGGACAGGACGAGGCAGUGUCCCGUGUUGGCUCACGCCCAGAGGGAGGAGCGAGCUGCCUGAGCACAGCUGCCAACUUUUUAUCCAGAUCAUCUUACUGGUGA